CUGUGUGUACUUUGGCAGAACCAGAGUAAAAAGACAAGUUGCAGAACAACUCGGGUAUUUUUAUGACUUCUGGUGUUGAAAAGUCAAGUGAUUGAAAAUGGCUGAAUCGCUUAGAAGGCUGUCAAAGACUGAGGCAUUUUCGCUUCUGCAGGAGAAACUGGAUAAAUGGAGUGACAAUUUUUUGAUAAACACCUGUGAUGAGAAUGUCAAUCGCUGCUGUGAGUUGCUUGAGGUGACAUCACGCCUACAGGGACAACUGUUUCUAAUCCUCAAUCUCUGUGCAUCUGAAGGAGGUAUUUAUGGUGGGUGCGACGCACUGAAGAACCGACUGCUCCCUUGGCUGUCCCAGGGAUUCACCUCAAGCAGUGCUACCUCUGACUUGAGCUUGGAUAUGAUCGCCGAUGUUGCCAAGAAAGAUCGUACCAUAUCAAAGCUCAGAGUUGAUUUUGAGGGACAACUGGGAGACAUGGAGGACGAUUUGAAUCGAUCCAGGAAUGAGGCCGACAGUCUCAAGCAGGAGUUGCAAGAAACAAGGGCUGAAUUAAAUGAAGAACGGUCGGCGUCUGCAGGAGAAGCCAUUAUCAAUGAGGAGGAUAGCAUCAGACUCAACUCAAGUAUGCAAUCCCUAAAGGAUGAGUUGAGAAUGUACAAGUCUCGCGUUGGAGUCUUGGAGAACUAUGAAGCAGAAUCUCGCCGUCUCAGAGGGGAUGUCAACCUCCUUAGAGAGGAGAAGGCAAUUUUGACUGGAAGAAUGGACUAUCUGACAGCUUCACUGCCACCAACGAGUCCUCGCUCCACCAUAUCAGUGGGUAGUGAUGUGGUACAGAGAGUAAGACAAGCUCAUCUGGUGACUCGCUUUGGUGACAUGUUCUCACGGGACCGCAUGGAUGCUAUGGACAUACUACGUACUCUAUCAGAUGAUCAUGAAAUAAAUCAACGCAUUAUCUUUGCAUGCGUGGAAGAAGCGUUCAACUGCGCUAAGAAGGCAUAUCGUCUGUAUCGCACCAAAGUCCGCAGCACCCUUCAGAUUACUCACACUGGACCAGAGACUCUGGACGAAGCUGUGCAGAAUUACGUCAACAAAAACGGACAAUUGCUGGAUGUACACAGCAUUGUACAGGAUGUUCUGUUGGCAAUGAAUACCCACCCAGUACUCUCCUACCCACCAGAGGUAGACUUCAAAGCCUUGUCUCUGUUCAUCCGUGAACUGGUCAAGGUUGCGUGGGACAUGAGUGCCUUACCCAACCCCCUGGACAUCAUCCUGGCUAGGGCGGCAGAACUCUUCGACGAUCUCAAGUACCGGCGAAGCUAUGACUCUGAAUAUUCAGCACCGCUGGUCAAUCAUUACAUCUGGCCUGCACUACAGGAAGUCAUGACUGGUAGGAUUCUACUUAAAGGAGAGGCGGUAACCAGACGCGGUGCUACUCUUUCCUCCCCAAGACGAAGUCGCAGUCCAAGCAGAGCAGUUACCCCGAGGAGCGGAAGAUCUCCAAGCCCGCGUCGCUUGAAUGGAACUCUUAGCCCAACUGGUUCCCGACCAGGAAGUAGCUUGUCUCCGAGGCCCAUGAGUGCAUCUUCUUUUUCAAGUUACUAAGAAGAGAUAUUAUCAUCGUUGGGACGACUGCAUCAACUUGAUGAUAUUGAUCGGUCAACGUUCCUGUUACUCUAAACAUAACCAUAGUGAGUACAUUCCGUCCAUGACAAAUUAUUAUGUAUUUAGAAUUGAUAAUCUAUCCAUUAUUGAUCACCUUUUGAUCACAUUUAUACUCAAUCCAGGUAUUAUUGAAAUUUCGUCCAUUUUUUUGUAUCAUACUAUUGGAUUGUGAUAAUUAGUAAAGACUCACAUAUUUACUUGUUAUUUACAAUAUCCAGAAAUAAAUUGAUUCUUCAGCAAAACAUAAAAUUAACUAUGCAAUUUGUUCCUUGAAACGGCUACAGUGCUGUUCUUAGAUCUCAAUUAAGAAAAAUUCCAAAGAUCUAUUGCAAAAUCCUAAAUUUUUACCUGUGACCGAAGGUGAAUGGGACACUGUGACCUUAAAUGAAACUUCAGCUGUUCUAGCUCAGGCUCCAUCCGUUAUUUUUAAAAUAAACCGUUUUCGGUAUGGGGCUUCAAACAAGCGGACCUACACUGCUAAAAAUGGUAUUCUUGAAAUAAGAAAAACAUUUUAUUUUGAGAAAAUAUUUCUUGUACCACUCCCUAGAAAAAGUUUCUAGGGAGUGAUACAUAAAAUAUUUUCUCUAAACAAUAUGUCUUUCUUGUUUCAAGAAUACAAUUUUUAGCAGUAUAUCCCAAGCCAGAGACCAAGCUGUGGUUUCAACAAGUGCCUCAAGAUGUACCCUCCAGAUUUUUUUUAAUGGCGCUGCUUACACACAAUUCUGCACUUACAGCCCAUAGACUCAUGUGCUGCACAGUAAGCGCAGAAUUUUGUGGUAAGCAGAGCCAUGAAAUUGACCCCUACAAGCUUUGGCAGCGGCCCUGGCCUAAUUAUGUUAUCAGUAUUUACAGUAUGAUGUGUGUUGUUGUUACGUUUAGCAGAUUUGAAACUGAGUGUGAAAAGUGUUUAAGGUAAAUCAAGUGUUUAAAGGUUUGAAUAUUUCUCCUGUUUGGUGUAACUUGAGUUUUCUUACAAUAAUUUUGGAAGUUACUGUAUCGUCAUGAUCAAAUCAGGAUUGUGACUACAUGUGCAAAAAAUGUUAAGUCACAGCCCUGCCUUGUUCAUUAUGACAAGCAAUGUAUAAAUUGAUUAUAACUAGUUGGAAAUAAUGAUGAAUGAAAUAAGUAAUAAUGAUUUAAGGUUUGAUUAACUGAUUGAUUAUUUUUUAAAUAUUGAUACAGUAUUCAAAGAUUAAAUUAAUUUAAGUUUUUCAGUAUUUAAAGUUCCCCCGUGUAAAGAUGCUCAUAAUUUUACUAUAAUUGGCAAAUUGAUUGAAUGGUUGAUAAUAAUGUCUUGUUAGUCAGUCAAUUGUUAUCUCUGAUUGAGCAUUGGACAAGGUCUCCUAAUGGCUGUUAUAAAGCUUUGACCAGAACUGAGAGUCUAAAACAGACACGUCUAGCCAAGGUUGAUAGCACGGCCUCGAUCGACCUCAAUGUUUGAAGUAGCAGCCGGAAAGACUGGUUGCCAGUGCCUGUAUUCCCAAUUGUUUUUAGUCAAAACAUUUGCUCAACGUUUAAGCUUCACACCAAUAGAAAUGAACCGGCACUGAUGCAGAAAACUUGGUGAGAAGAGUUAAAGAUGAAGAAAAGACUUAAGGAUAAAGCUUUUUAUUGAGUGACAUGAAGGUUAUGACUUAUGUAGGCGAAGGAUGUUUUUACGUAGCGAUCGGAUUUGAGCAGACAAGAUUAAUAUAAGCUAUUACUACUACUACUGCGGAAUUUAGGCUAUCGUAAGCGUUUUUGAUAAUAUUUCCAGAUUAUUCUUGGUAUUAUUAAGGGAGAUGUAAACAUUAAUACUUUAUAAGAUGGUCAUGCAAUAUCCAUGUAUCAUUUGGGAGUUCACAAAGUAUUAAAGAUUAAUAUAAGUCUUGGAUUUAUAACAUGUCGAUUAGGAGUUACAGAUUAAGUCAGUGAAGCAAAACAGACUUGGACUGAUCGCUGGACCCAAUUCCAUAUAUAUAGAGCUGCUCAGAGCUCAAGCAUAAAAUAUUGCUAACAAGUUUUCUGUUGAGCAGGUGUAUAAACAGGACACCAUCACAGUGGACAUUUUUAUGUUUUGGUGUGUUUUGCUUUGCCUCCGAUUUUUCUUUUAAGAAGUAAAUGUUUGCCGUUAUGUGAAAAGUGUGAACAUCUCUUGAAUGACUUGAUGGACUUGAUGUCAUUUAUACGCACCAAAAGGUGAGAUAUAAAUGCUUUCGCUUUAUUGGUUUUUAAUAAACCUUACAUAGCAGUUAUUUCAUCUUAAAUGCACACUGUGAGAAUGUCUACUGGAGAAAAUAAACACAGAUUUCAUCAUAUUUUAAUUUAAGUUGAACAAUCAAGGUUUAUUUGCAGCCAAUCUAAUCUGGACCAAUUGGGCUGACCUAGUUCUUAAUAAUCAGAUUACAUUGGCUGCCUGAAUAAGAAGGACCCACUUCAAAUGUGUGCAUUGCUAAAAAAAGAAAAGAAGAGAAGAAAAAACAAAACACAAGAAAGAAAAAAGGAGGUUCGUUUAAGUGUUAGAAUCGAGAUACUAUGGCAGAAUUAAACUCACUGAAAAAUCGCCCCCGGUUUAUAAGAGAGUCCUUGUGAAUGUUUGCCAGCACACAAGAGCAUUGCUGUUAAGUAUCACAGAUUCUAGCGCAUUUGUUGUAAAUAUACUGCUCAAGUUCAGCUGCUAAUUUAAGUUGACUGCCUGGAGGCAAUCUAGCAGCAGUAAACCAUCCUUUGAGGUAAAUAUUUUCAAGUUGUACAUUCCAUAAUUUAAAGAGACGGUGCCGUUAUGGAUACGUUUUCAGAUUACGUGUCUAAAGGCAACUUGAAAUGAUAGUAACAAAUAAUUACCAAUAUCCUUGAAAAUAUUGCCGCUGGGAGAAAAUAAUUUAUGACUUGAAUAAGCAGGCAUGAUAUUCUUCUUACUUUAAUCAGAUUUCAGGUUGCUGUCAAAAUUUGUUUAUUAGCCAUCUUAUGAUGAGUUUUCUAUAUUCUUCUGAGUGUAGUUUUGUUUUGUGACAUCACUUUUUUCACAGAGAUAAUUCAUUGGUCAGCCCAGAAGUAUUCUAUGCCAUAAAAAUUAGCUUGCAAUUUAAAACCAUCCUUAUAAACCAGCCAUAAAUGAAAGAUUCUGUGACAAUAUCAUAAUGUUUUGUUUGUAGUAAGUUCUUGUAUUACUUCAUCACCAUGUGAAAGGCAAAAUUAAUUAUAACUGGGAGUCAAUAUCACAAAGCUGCUGAAGCGCCAAAUGCUGCUUAAUAAUUUCUCUGCUUAGCAAACAUUAGUUGGCAGUUACUUUAUUCUGUUCAAGCAGAAAUGUUCUUUGAAAUCGGAACUGGUCAAAAGUGCAUUGCAUUCCAAAUUGAAAGCAAUAAAACAAACCCCCAAAACGUGUUACCUAUUAUGAUAAAACUUAAUUAUGGCAAUAUGCAAUGUACAUUUUUUGUGUGUUAAUAUCUCCAUGCCAUGUCAUUUUUUUUAUUACAAGAAUUAUUUGAAGAAUUUUUAAAUAAAUCAAUGAUGUACACUGUACAUGUAUUUGACAGAUUUUGUGCAUACAAUUAUUAGCGUUACCGAAUAGUUUACUAUGUGUGCUCGUUAUCUUCUUAAAAACCUAUUACAUGUACACUACAUGCAGAGGAAAUUUGUGAUAAAAAUAAAUGACUCUGUUGCAAAAAAUUUUUCAAUAAUUUUUCUGCAAUUUACAUAAUUUUACACAAUUUUUAGUUGGGGCGAAUUUAGAGGUGGGCCAAUUAAAAAAAAAUGCGGGGAAUUGAAUUGAAAGGCAAAUAAAGCAAUUUUCCUUGCUGCAAUGUUUUUCAUUUGUACUCUUGUAUGUCAUGAAUUUUUAAGUUCUAUUCAAAUUUUGCUUGCAAGGUUUUUACAGUUUUGUGUGAAUUAUAUAUUUAUAUAUUUUGUUUAUGUUUACAGUCAGUUUUAAUUUAAUACAUUUGUUGAGUGGAC